UCCAGCUUUGGGUAAUCGACCCAGCCAGAGAAAGGGAGACAAAAGUUACUAUGUUCAAGGAGUACCUUGUUAUCCCAUAACUUUGGUAUCCUGAAAUCUGAGGAUUCUACCAAGAUAAUAUGAUAAGAACUUUCAGUGAUUUGGGGCCAUAUCCUACUUAGACUAAUGUGGAAUUUCCAGAUUUCCUGAGAGCUUGGUACAGCAGCACGCACUGCUUGCUAAUCAGCACAGGCAAUAAUGCCAUCUCUGCCUCAAGAAGGAGUUAUUCAGGGACCCUGUCCCCUGGAUUUGAAUACAGAAUUACCUUAUCAAAGCACAAUGAAAAGGAAAGUCAGAAAGAAGAAAAAGAAGGGAACCAUUACAGCAAAUGUUGCCGGGACAAAGUUUGAAAUUGUUCGUUUAGUAAUAGAUGAAAUGGGAUUUAUGAAAACUCCAGAUGAGGAUGAAACAAGUAAUCUUAUAUGGUGUGAUUCUGCUGUUCAGCAGGAGAAAAUAUCAGAGCUGCAAAAUUAUCAGAGGAUCAACCAUUUUCCAGGAAUGGGGGAGAUCUGUAGAAAGGAUUUCUUAGCAAGAAAUAUGACCAAAAUGAUCAAGUCUCGGCCUCUGGAUUAUACCUUCGUUCCUCGAACAUGGAUCUUCCCUGCUGAAUAUACUCAAUUCCAAAAUUAUGUGAAAGAAUUGAAGAAAAAACGGAAGCAGAAAACUUUUAUAGUGAAACCAGCUAAUGGUGCAAUGGGUCAUGGGAUUUCUUUGAUAAGAAAUGGUGACAAACUUCCAUCUCAGGAUCAUUUGAUUGUUCAAGAAUACAUUGAAAAGCCUUUCCUAAUGGAAGGUUACAAGUUUGACUUACGAAUUUAUAUUCUGGUUACAUCGUGUGAUCCACUAAAAAUAUUUCUCUAUCAUGAUGGACUUGUGCGAAUGGGUACAGAGAAGUACAUUCCACCUAAUGAGUCCAAUUUGACCCAGUUAUACAUGCAUCUGACAAACUACUCGGUGAACAAGCAUAAUGAACGUUUCGAACGGGAUGAAACUGAGAACAAAGGCAGCAAACGUUCCAUCAAAUGGUUUACAGAAUUCCUUCAAGCAAAUCAACAUGAUGUUGCUAAGUUUUGGAGUGAUAUUUCAGAAUUGGUGGUAAAAACCCUGAUUGUAGCAGAACCUCAUGUCCUGCAUGCGUAUCGAAUGUGUAGACCUGGUCAACCUCCAGGAAGCGAAAGUGUCUGCUUUGAAGUCCUGGGAUUUGAUAUUUUAUUGGAUAGAAAACUAAAGCCAUGGCUUCUGGAGAUUAACCGAGCCCCAAGCUUUGGAACUGAUCAGAAAAUAGACUAUGAUGUAAAAAGGGGAGUGCUGCUAAAUGCAUUGAAGCUACUAAACAUAAGGACCAGUGACAAAAGAAGAAACUUGGCCAAACAAAAAGCUGAGGCUCAAAGGAGGCUCUAUGGUCAAAAUUCAAUUAAAAGGCUCUUACCAGGCUCCUCAGACUGGGAACAGCAGAGACACCAGUUGGAGAGGCGGAAAGAAGAGUUGAAAGAGAGACUCGCUCAAGUACGAAAGCAGAUCUCACGAGAAGAACAUGAAAAUCGACAUAUGGGAAAUUAUAGACGAAUUUAUCCUCCUGAAGAUAAAGCACUACUUGAAAAGUAUGAAAAUUUGUUAGCUGUUGCCUUUCAGACCUUCCUUUCAGGAAGAGCAGCUUCAUUCCAGCGAGAGUUGAAUAAUCCUUUGAAAAGGAUGAAGGAGGAAGAUAUUUUGGAUCUUCUGGAACAAUGUGAAAUUGAUGAUGAAAAGUUGAUGGGAAAAACUACCAAGACUCGAGGACCAAAGCCUCUGUGUUCUAUGCCUGAGAGUACUGAGAUAAUGAAAAGACCGAAGUACUACAGCAGUGACAGCAGUUAUGAUAGUAGCAGCAGCUCUUCAGAAUCUGAUGAAAAUGAAAAAGAAGAGUACCAAAAUAAGAAAAGAGAAAAGCAAGUUACAUAUAAUCUUAAACCCUCCAACCACUACAAAUUUAUUCAACAACCCAGCUCCAUAAGGCGUUCAGUCAGCUGCCCUCGGUCCAUCUCUGCUCAGUCGCCUUCCAGUGGGGACACCCGCCCAUUUUCUGCUCAACAAGUGAUAUCUGUGUCACGGCCAACUUCUGCGUCUCGGUCACAUUCCUUAAACCGUGCCUCCUCCUACAUGAGGCAUCUGCCUCACAGUAAUGAUGCCUGCUCUACAAACUCUCAAGUGAGUGAGUCUUUGCGGCAACUGAAAACAAAAGAACAAGAAGAUGAUCUAACAAGUCAGACCUUAUUUGUUCUCAAGGACAUGAAGAUCCGGUUUCCAGGAAAGUCAGAUGCAGAAUCAGAACUUCUGAUAGAAGAUAUCAUCGAUAACUGGAAGUAUCAUAAAACCAAAGUGGCUUCAUAUUGGCUCAUAAAAUUGGACUCUGUAAAACAACGAAAAGUUUUGGACAUAGUGAAAACAAGCAUUCGUACGGUUCUUCCACGCAUCUGGAAGGUGCCUGAUGUCGAAGAAGUAAAUUUAUAUCGUUUUUUUUACCGGGUUUUUAAUCGCUUACUCUGGAGUCAUGGCCAAGGGCUGUGGAACUUUUUUUUUGAUUCAGGGUCCUCUUGGGAGAGUAUUUUCAAUAAAAGCCCAGAGGUGGUGACUCCUUUGCAGCUCCAGUGUUGCCAGCGCUUGGUGGAGCUUUGUAAACAGUGCCUGCUAGUGGUUUACAAAUAUGCAGCUGACAAAAGAGGAUCGCUUUCAGGCAUUGGUCCUGACUGGGGUAAUUCCAGGUAUUUACUACCAGGGAGUACCCAAUUCUUCUUGAGAACACCAACCUACAACUUGAAGUACAAUUCACCUGGAAUGACUCGCUCCAGUGUUUUGUUUACAUCCAGAUAUGGCCAUUUGUGAAACAGAAAGGAAGAUCGCCAUUGGUUAUACAUAACAGCAAUUCAUUUUUUCCCCUGAAGUUGAACAUGCAAAGAACAUGACCAUUAAGUGCUGUUUUAUGUAUAUAAGACAUAUAUAUGUGUGAAAAUAUAUGCACAUAUGCACCCAAAUAACAUAUAUUUAUUAUAUUAAAUAAUAUAUGAAAUAAGAAUUAGCAGAAAAUGGAAUAUAAGACUUAACCUUUCUGGAAAUGUAAUAAACCAUGUUAAAAUUGUUUACACAAAUACGUGAAUGUCUAGAACUUCCUAGGUUUAUAAUUAAUUCCUUCCUACUAGAAAUGUUAUUUUUGCUGCAGAGUAUAUAAAACAAAUUGAUCUUGAGGAUCCAA